AUGGCUUCGAUUGCGCGCCAGUCCCUCCUUUCUAGGCACUCUUGCCUGUCUGCCUUUCGGUCGCCCUUGGUGAACAAGAACGUGUCGCAGGUUGUGGCCUUCCAUGCUUCUGCGAAGAAGCAGAUUCUGCCUCCUCAGCCUCUGAACGACCCUGCUCCUAUUCCCAAGCCUCACCCUUCGGAGGGUAGCUACCACUGGACGUUCGAGAGACUCGUUUCUCUCGGACUGAUCCCUCUGACCAUCGCCCCCUUCGCUGCCGGCUCCCUGAACCCCGUCAUGGACUCCGUCCUCUGCGCUCUGCUGGUCGUCCAUUCCCACAUUGGUUUCCAUGCUUCUAUCAUCGACUACUUCCCCAAGCGCCGCGUCCCCAAGACCAAGACGUUCAUGAACUGGCUACUGCGUGCUUUCACUGUUACCACCGCCGUCGGUCUGUAUGAAUUCGAGACAAACGACGUUGGUGUCACAGAGGCCAUCAAGCGGGUGUGGAAGGCAUAG